GCUAAUUGUUCUUCAAAACAAAUAAACGGCUUAUUAGUCUAUUGAUACAUUUUUGGAACGAUCUAUUAAGCGUUUUAAAAUUAGUGGAAUAAAUUAUGUAUCGACCGAAUAAGUGAAUUAUAUCAAUUUACCGCUUGGUUUUUGUGAUCAAUUAGGAAAAUGGUCCGAAUCAACUUCUAUCCAUCUCGAAUACCCUUAUAUGCAGUUUGUCACGCAUUGUUCUGGUUACCUGUAGGAUACUUUGUGGCCAUUUCAAAUGAUCAUGUGCAGCCUGUUGUUCCAUAUGUAAGUUCUCUAGGCGUCUACCCGCCGGAAAGGUAUAUGUUCAUGAGUUUGAUGGGCUCAUAUGGUGUGAUGACGAUCAUAAGUCAGUGGUUAUGGAGCAUCAUGAUGAUAAAAAUAUUCAAAAGGCGUACCAAAUCCAUGAUUGGUCAAGUCAUGUGCAUUUUUUCAGCAGCUCUCUACACAGUGUUGGGUAUUUGUAUUGUGAUACUAUCAUUCAUUGAUACCAAACACAACAAUAGAAUUCAUUACAGAUUGACUGUGAUAAGUUUCGUUUGUCACACUGUUGUCGUAACAAUAAACACAUCCCUUGUGGUCUUUGCAUUUCGUCCUUGGAAGUGGUUUGUCUGUGGAAGAAUACUUGUGUUGACUCAAAUGGGACUGGGAUCCUAUUUAUUUCGUUAUUUUAACAAGGCUGGUCUUCGAGUUCUGGCUGCUAAAGAUCCGUUCUACAUAAAAAGACAUGAACCAGGAUAUGAAGAAUUUAAAUGGAGUGCAGUGUGUGAAUGGGUUGUCAUAUUGAGUUAUGUACAACUUAUGCUAAUAACUGGUUUGGAAAUGCGAAAGUACGAGAAAACGAUUGAGAAAAAAGAUAGAAAAUAUAUGGAUAUUUGGACAGUAUAAAUGUUUCCACAAAAAUUGUUUAAAUGCUUUAAUAAAUGAAGCGAGAUCAUUCGCCAUAAGUUAAAUGUUGAAUAUUUGUGUUUAGAAGUUUGAUUUUAUUAUUUGAAACAGUCAUUUAUGUUCACCGUAAAUAAAAUGUGCAUAUAAUUAGUGUGAAA